AAUAAUUAAACCGGCAGUUUAAAUUUUGCAAUGGAUUUCAAAUUCUUAAUAAUUUUUUCAUUAAUUCAAUUAACGAUUUGUGAUAAUCAAAAUACAUCGUUAAAUGCAAUCGUAAUACCUGGAAUCUACAACGAAAAUUUACAAAUUGUUGUUAAUAAGACAACGGAGUAUAUUAUCAUUUACAAGGGGAAUAGAGAGAAUAAUACAAUUGAGUAUCCACCUCGAGUUACGGUCUACAGUACUGAAGCAAGUCGAAUUGAUCCUGUUUUAGUUGUGGCACGAGAAAAACUUGGAAUAUUAUCAUGGCAAGUACCGUUGGUCGUCGAAACACGAACUGGAAUUAUUGAAUUUAUGAAUACGUCACGGUCGUUAUGUCCAAGUAAUCAUUAUUUAGAAUCAGACGAUACAGAAGUGGCUACAGAACAAAUUUUAUCGGUUUCAACCGCUGCUGAUCAUAAUGUUUCAGUGAAUGUUUUAGUGAAACACGAUACAGAAUUUUAUAUUACGGAUUCCGUUCAAUAUAAUGUGACCAUUUCACCAAGUGAACCCAAAUAUUUUUUUUAUGAAUUUAAAAAGGAAAAUAUGACUUAUAAAUAUAAUUAUCGAACUGUGGUUCUACAGGUCGAGUCUGAUGAUGAUGUUUGUAUGAUGAUCAGUAUUCAAAAUGUUAAUUGCCCAGUUUACGAUUUAGAACGUGAAAUUCAAUUUGAAGGAUACUGGGAAACAAUGACAACAAAAGGUGGAAUGACAUUAACUCAAUCAAAAUUUCCUGAAGGGUUUUACGUUGUUUUUGUGGUGAAAGGUGAUGACUAUGAUUGUACGGGUAAAGAUGUGAAUAAUACUGCGGCUAGUUCUCGCGUGAAAUCACUUCGAUUCCAAAUACAACCGAGUAUCACAUACAGUGAUUAUUUAUUUGCAAUUUUAAUAACGACAGGACUAAUCGUUGUGUUUUAUACAAUAUUUUUGGGCAUAUUCUGUUUUUGUUCACGUAAAUAUUAUCGAGCUAUGGCAAUGGAUUCGUUAGAUGCUGAUUCAACACCAACAGGUCUUUGUUCACCAGUGGCUACAUCCAGUAAUCUUCAGGUUCCACCAGGAGGAUUAGGGGAUGGAGACGACAGUUCAUUAUCUGAAACAGAUUAUGAUACAGUAGAAGAUGCAGAAUUAUGGAAAGAUGUAUAUCGUACGAAAGUAAAAUUAAGUGUGGCGGAUUUAGCACGAAAAAAUCCAAAAAUCUUAACAAAAAAAUCGAAUUUAUAUUUAUGGAAUGUACUUACUAUUGCCAUCUUUUAUGGAAUGCCUGUUAUACAACUUGUAAUCCGUUAUCAAAGAGCAUUAAUUGAAACUGGAAAUCAAGAUUUAUGUUAUUAUAACUUUUUAUGUGCGCAUCCAUUAGGCUUCCUAAGUGAUUUUAAUCAUGUCUUUUCAAAUAUCGGUUACGUGGUCUUAGGAAUAUUAUUCAUUUUAUUGGUUUACAGAAGGCAGCGUAUGCACAAGGAUUUUGAAUUCGAUAAGAAUUUUGGUAUUCCUCAACAUUACGGUUUAUUUUAUGCAAUGGGUUGUGGUUUAAUUAUGGAAGGAAUAUUAUCAGGCAGUUAUCAUGUUUGUCCAAAUCAUUACAACUUCCAAUUUGAUAGUAGUUUUAUGUACGUGAUGGCCGUGCUUUGUAUGGUGAAAAUUUAUCAAACCCGACAUCCAGAUAUCAAUGCAAAAGCAACCACAACUUUUGGUAUAUUAGCGAUAGCAGUAUUUUUAGGUAUGGUGGGAAUAAUGACAGCUUCACUAGCAUUUUGGAUCUUCUUCACUGUCAUCCAUAUUUUAACAUGUUUUGUGUUAACCGCCCAAAUAUACAGUAUGGGUCGUUUUAAAUUCGAUGGUGGUCUUUUUAAACGUCUGUUCUUAAGUUGUGUACAUGAUUGUCGAUCAGGUCCAUUAAAUGCACUUAUACCACGGUAUAAAGGACGAUGGUUUUUAUUGUUUGUUGGGAACGUAUGUAAUUGGGCUUUGGCUGCAUUUGGUUUAUAUCAUCAUGAACACGAUUUCGCUACACAUUUAUUGGCAAUUUUUAUGGGAAAUACAGUAUUAUACACCUUAUUUUAUAUUAUUAUGAAGGUGAUCCAUAAAGAAAAAAUACAAAUUCAUGUGUGUGUAUUCUUGAUUUUAUCGUUUGCCUGUUGGUUCGCAGCCACUUAUUUCUUUAUACACAAAUCAAUUUCAUGGGCUCUAACACCAGCUGAAUCCAGACAAUUUAAUUACCAUUGUACGGUAAUGUCUUUCUACGAUGGCCACGAUGUUUGGCAUUAUUUAAGUGCAACAGCAAUGUUCUUCAGCUUCAUGUUAUUGCUAACGUUAGACGAUGAUUUAUCACAUAAGCAUCGAUCUCAAAUAUCUGUAUUUUAAUUUAAUUAUUUAUACGUGAGUCCUAAUACCUAAAAAAACAAAACCUAAGAUUUAUUUUUAUGACUAUUGUAAUAAUCAUAGGUAGCUAAUUUUAACGGAAUCUGUUACACCGAAUUUAUCUCGUUAUUAUGCCAAACCGAAUUAUUCGUUUGUGGUGUUUAUUCUGGUAUAUGUUCGGUGCAAAUGAUUUCCUUGGGAUCAGCUUCGGAAAUUUUUUUUUUUUUAAUAUUUGGAUAGUAGCCCUGGUGCCCGUGACAGUAAAACAAUUCGACAAUUUGACGACACAUCUCGAAAACAACUACUAUUUAUAUUAAUGCCACCAAAUAGUGCGCAUUGCUCUCUAACGUGACAGAAUUGAUUCGCAUCUGUCUCAUCUCGUUAUCAGAUGGGUGAAGGUUCACCUUAUACUGUCUCUUCGACUAUAAUGAUAAAAUUGUGAAUAAAAAUUUAAUUUUUUUUUAAAUGCUUGUGAUUUUUAAGUUUCUAUUUGUAAAUGUUUUUAGGCGAUAAAAUAUUUUUAUAUUAUAAGAAGAAUAGAUUAAGGGAAACUAAAGUGAUGAUUUAAGAAAAUUAAACAACUUUUUUAUUACCUAUUUAUAUUUAAUUAAUUUAGUGCACAAAAUCGCAGACUUAUAUUAAGUAUGAACUGAUAAGAAAAAAGGCCCAAUAGUGCCCAAUCAUUGUCUAUCUGCUCUUAAAUUUCUUUAACAGCUAAUUUAAUUUUGAUUAGACUUUUACGAGAAUGUUCAUUUUCUUACGCAUACUUCAAGUUAUUUUUUCACAUGGUAUUUUAAGGAAAAUUCGAGUUCGAAAUCGUGAAAAACAAAUAAAGUGUAAUUUUUCCAAUGUCUUCUUAAAUUAUCAUUUUAAAAAUGUGAUUAUUGUGCGUGAAAUACGCAAAAAACUAGUGAUAAAUUUGUGCUUUUUAAUACAAAUAUGAAAAAAAAAAUCUAUUAUAAAAGAUAUUUUUAACCCGUCAGAACUCGCGCCAAUCUUUCGGUAAUUUUUUAGUCGCGUGAUGAAAGAUUUGUUCACGCGUUGCACACACGUCUAAUAUUUCGCACGUUAAAUAUUCUUUACAUUUUGAAAAAUAAAAGUUAUGUAUAUCUUAAAUCGAGCGUAAGAAAAAUGCUUAUAACGCGAGUGCUGACGGGUUAAACCCACUAUUGAAAUAUACUUUAUAGAUAAUUACCAGACUUCGGGAAUAUCAAAAUGGGAAUUUGUAUCCUAGAGGUGAAACGGUUUAAUUUUUAUUUAGUCAAAAAUCGCUUAGAGUAAUUUAUCUUAGAUUAAUCGCUUACGCUAAGAACUUUGAUUCAAAAUCAAAUAAAUUUAUUACUUUUAAAAUUUAAGUGUCUUCAACAAAUUUAAAUUACAGGAUGGCGCAAAAGUCACACAUACAUUUAGAAUUGAAAUAAUUGUUUACACUUAAUUAUUUCUAAUAUUAUGACUUCAGAUUAUUAAAGUAUAAGUUUAGGAGAUUUUUUGUCGUGCUAAAUAGAAGGGUUUGUGUUAUUCUUGAUUACCUCGUACCAUCCAAUCGCCGGAACGGAUUUCAUUUACUGAAAUAUUGUUAAAUUCUUGUUGACACAUAUGCUAAGGUAUUAGUUCUGUCAAGAAAGAAUAAAAAGCGAAACUCUUUUGUAGUAUUCACAAACAGACAGGCAGACACACACACAUGCACAUAGCAGUCAAACUUAUAUCCCUCCUUUUUUGCAUCGGGAAUUUAAAAAAAAUCAAAUUAAUGCACCACAAAAACUUCUUCCAGAUUUACACCUUAUAUUUCUGAAGUCUUCAUAUUUAAAAUUAAUGAAUUAUAGGAAAUUAUUCCAAAUUAGUAUGCAUUAAUUUGGCACCACCCUGUAUAAAAUUAAACGUUUUUUUUUUGU